AACAGUUAUCCUAUUCCACUGCUCGAUGUGCCGCCGCUGCUCAGUGUAGUGUGUCCAUUAACGGCUGCUAGUGCUGUGUGUGUCCGCCGCCGCUACCACUGCUCCGCGUGUAUGCCGCCGCUGCUUGUGCCGUGUGAGUCCUUUCAGCCUCCAUCCAGUUUCACAGUGUUCUAUUUCUCUAGGUUUUACGUUGGAAACAGCUUCUAAUUAAAUUAUCUAUGGCUACCUCAACUGGUUAUUCUUCAUUUUGCCUAUCGAAUAAGAAUUCGAUGUCUUCUGUCCCUACAAAGUCCUUUACUGGCGUAAUGUAUAGCAAUUCAUAUUUAUUUUCCAAACAAACAUUGUCUACAAAGUCGAUAUCUCUAUCACUUGCUCCAAGGAAUUCAAAAAGGAAUUAUGUUGUUAAGUGCAGCGCAGUGCAAAUUGAAAAUCAAAAUACCAAACCUUUGUUUUCAAAUGGGAAAAGGUUUGAACUUGAUGAUAUAAUUGAAGCGCAACAGUUUGAUAGAGAAACUCUUAAUGCUAUAUUUGAAGUUGCAAGAGAAAUGGAAAAAAUUGAAAAGAAUUCCCAUGGAAGUCAAAUUCUUAAGGGCUAUUUAAUGGCUACUUUGUUCUAUGAACCCUCUACUCGUACUAGGCUUUCAUUCGAGUCUGCUAUGAAACGAUUAGGUGGUGAGGUUUUGACUACUGAAAAUGCUAGAGAGUUUUCUUCGGCUGCUAAGGGAGAGACACUCGAAGAUACUAUUAGAACUGUUGAAGGUUACUCGGAUAUUAUUGUUAUGCGCCAUUUUGAAAGUGGAGCUGCAAGAAUAGCUGCAACUACUGCCGGCAUUCCUGUUAUUAAUGCAGGGGAUGGUCCUGGACAGCAUCCGACUCAGGCUCUUCUAGAUGUAUAUACUAUUGACAGAGAAAUAGGCAAAUUGGAUGGCAUCAAAGUUGCUCUCGUGGGAGAUCUAGCUAACGGAAGGACAGUUCGCUCACUUGCUUAUUUGCUAGCCAAAUAUCAAAGUGUGAAGAUCUAUUUAGUCUCUCCUGAUGUGGUAAAAAUGAAGGAUGACAUAAAAGACUACCUGACAUCAAAAGGAGUUGAAUGGGAAGAAAGUGCUGACUUAAUGGAAGUGGCUUCAAAGUGUGAUGUAGUGUAUCAAACACGAAUUCAGAAAGAAAGAUUCGGAGAGAGAAUAGACCUUUAUGAAGAAGCUCGAGGCAAAUACAUUGUUGAUUCUGAUGUUUUAAAUGCGAUGCAGAAACAUGCUGUGGUCAUGCAUCCUCUUCCAAGGCUCGAUGAGAUAACUGUGGAGGUUGAUGCGGAUCCUAGAGCUGCUUAUUUUAGACAAGCCAAGAACGGUCUCUACAUCCGAAUGGCUCUUCUAAAGCUUUUACUUAUUGGAUGGUGAUGGAUUAGUGCGAAGUUUAUAGUUUUCACCUUCGAUAUUUGUCUUGACUUAAUAAUUAUAGCAAACUGCGAGUGGUUUUGACAUUGAGAUGAGGAAAUCGACGAGAAAUGAUUCAUAUUCCAGUCAUGGUUUGUUUAGUCAGGUAUCCUAUGAGCUCAAUAUAUGCCUGCAUUGAAUCUACCUUAAAAUAGAUGAUUGGUUGGUCAGCGUCGAUCGCAUGCUACCUGAUCAAAGUUCUUGUAGAGCGAUCCCUUGAAUUUUGAUCUUAUGGAAGCAACAAUGCAGAAUUGCACUCCAUGUUGUGUGUUCCCGAGCUGUGGGAACUAAGCAAAAAGCUUGGAAAAAUGCUAGUGUAUUUGACUGCUGCCAUCAAAAGGCAGACUUUUAGUGAAUUGCUGAAUCUGGGUCAUUGCAUUGCAGCCUGCCUAACUAUGAGUACAGUGGUUCGGUUCCUAAGUGAAAUUUAUAAAAACCAACAGAUGUUGAACAAAUUAGAGGGUUAAAAUUCAAUUUGAUUAGUGGUUUUACUGUUACAAAA